CCAUCUCCAUCCUCUCCAUCCCCAUCCUCGGCCCCGCCAUGGCCAAGCUCCAGCGGACCCCGGCGCGGGGCUCGGACACCAUAAUCGAAGUGAAGAGCAAAUUUGACGCUGAGUUCCGUCGAUUUGCCCUGCCCCGCGCCUCGGUUGGUGGCUUCCAGGAGUUCUCCCGGCUGCUGCGGGCCGUGCAUCAGAUCCCGGGGCUGGACGUACUGUUGGGCUACACGGAUGUGCAUGGCGACCUGCUGCCCAUCACCAAUGAUGACAACCUUCAUCGUGCCCUGGCUUCUGCCCACCCAUUGCUGCGCCUCCUAGUCCAGAAGAGGGAUGCGGACCCCGUGGGCACGGUGUUCACUUCCAACUCCCUGCAGCGCCGCCGGAAGGGGCUGUUGCGGCCGGCCGUGCCACCCCGGGCCCGGCCCCCCUUGCUCAUCGGGCUGCCCCAGGACUUCCGCCAGGUCUCCUCUGUCAUCGACGUGGACCUACUCCCCGAGAGCCACCGGCGCGUGCGGCUGCACAAGCACGGCUCCGGCCGGCCCCUGGGCUUCUACAUCCGAGACGGGGUGAGCGUCCGCGUGGCCCCGCAGGGCCUGGAGAAGGUGCCCGGCAUCUUCAUCUCCCGUCUGGUGCGGGGCGGACUGGCCGAGAGCACGGGCCUGCUGGCCGUCAGCGAUGAGAUCCUCGAGGUCAACGGCAUCGACGUGGCUGGCAAGUCCCUGGACCAAGUGACGGACAUGAUGGUGGCCAACAGUCACAACUUGAUCAUCACCGUCAAGCCUGCCAACCAGCGCAACAAUGUGGUCCGGGGGGCUGGGCGGCCCUCCACCUCAGCGGCCCUGCCUGCCCCUUCCGCUCCUGAAGCAGACAGUGACGAGGACAGUGACCUGGUGGUCGAGAAUCACCCGCUGCCCCGCUACUACUCUCCCUGCCUCAACGGGGCCCCGCCACCUCCUCCCCAUUGGGACCUACGCCCCAGUCGCUCCUUGCCCGGUUCCCGGGGCUCCCUGCACUCUUUGGACAGUCAGGAGGGGGCCGGCCCAGGCCGGGGCGGUAGCCUGCGAGAGGACGGAACUGGUCUCACUCUAUAGUGGGACUGACCGGCUGGGGCUGGAGGGGAUGCCCUAUCUACCUCUCCUGCCUCCCCAUCUCGUUCCCCACCAUCUCCCUUCCACCCCGGGAAGCCCCAUGGCCUGGGCUGCUGGAGCCGGCCCCGGGGGAUGGGGAAGGUAGGCUUGUAGCUCCCUCGUGGCCCCACUCUCUCCUGCUUGGAGAGUCAUCUUCAUCGUCUUCCCCCUCCCCCCGGGUGUGGGCGGAUCGAGCUGGACUACCUCUCUCACUGAUGUUUUUAGGAGCCCGGUAGGCCGGGCCCCCUCACCGAAUCACCCAUCUGAACAUUAAAACU